GCACUAGUCGUCAGUACACGAGCAAGCCGCGUUUGCGUCGACCGUGUUAAAAACCAAGGUCAUGAGUUCUAACACCGCGAAUGUUAGCAUUUUUUAUCAAGUCUGUCAUAUUUCUACAAUAAUUAAUGUUCCAAAACCGUAGUUAGUAUACUAAUUACGUGAUGUAUUAACAGUGAACGAGUAUAAUAAUAAUUGAUUAAUUAUUUAAUGAAAAGUAAAUGGUAAAUGUAAACAUGGUGUGGUAAAAUAAAUUUAAAAAGUACUUUUGGCAAAUUUAAAAUGAAUAUCAUAUCUAGCAAAUUUAUUUUAAGCAGCACUUCCUACGAAGAUCACUUAGUUAAUUUUAAAUGACGUUGGAACGUUUUAAAGAUGAAAUACGGCAAGAAGCUAGUAUUAUUUAGUUUGUUUAUUAUGAACUUGGUCGAUGAGCCGGCACCAGAAGUGACUAUCGCAUUGAGCGGUAAAACAAGCAGGUGUGGGACGUUCUUCGAAUACACUGGAAUUCCGUAUGCCAAGUCAGAUAACAGUACGCGAUUUCAGGCUCCAGGACCGCCACCAAAAUGGGAAGGUAUAUACAAAGCCAUUGAGGAAUUUCACAUGUGCCCACAGGAAACAAUUUUUGGUGUAAUGGGCUCUGAAGAUUGUCUAAAAGUAAACGUAUAUGUUCCUGCUGAUUUUAAAAACAAAAAACCUUUAGCUGUUAUGGUUUACAUAUAUGGAGGAGCAUUUAUAUUUGGAAGUGGAGGAAAAAUACUCUACGGUCCAAAAUUUUUAGUUAGAAAGAAUAUAAUUUUAGUAACGUUUAAUUAUAGAGUCGGCUUACUCGGAUUCCUCUGUUUGAAUAUAAAAGAGGCUCCAGGAAAUGCUGGAAUUAAAGACCAAAUAGCUGCUUUAAGAUGGGUGAAGAAAAAUAUUGCUGCAUUUGGUGGUGACCCUGAUAAUAUAACAGUAUUCGGACAAAGUGCUGGAGCAACCUCACUAUCUUUUAUAGUAGCAAGUCAAGCUAGCAAUGGUUUAUUCAACAGAGCGAUUAUUCAAAGUGGAACAUCAGUAUCUAAUUGGUCCAUAAAUAGAAAACCUGUAUGGGUUGCUAGUCUUCUAGCUAAAUCUAUUGGUUUUAACACAAAAGAUCCAAAGGAGUUGUACGAAAUAUUUUCUAAAAUGCAUUAUAAAGAUAUAAUUCCAAUAAAGGCAAAAAAGCCAAUAGAAAUGUUUUAUGACACAGGGCUUCUACAUUUACCGUGUAUUGAAAAUAAUUUACCAGGUGAAGAAUCGAUUAUUACUGACUUAACAUACAACAUUUUAAAAAAUAAAACGGAACAUAUUGAUGUAAUGUAUGGAACAGCCAGUAAUGAAGGAUAUUUCUUAGCGCCUACUGAGUCUGAAGAAAUGCUCGAUUCGAGAAACGGACGGUAUCUAUUUGCUUCUGAUUUAGAAUUUUCAUCUGAAAAAGAAGCAAUGGAAAUAGCCAGACAAGUUCAUAGAUUUUAUUUCGGCGAUGAUAAAAUAAGUUCAAGAAAAGUUUAUAAUGUCUCAAAACUAUACUCCCAUUUAUAUUUUGAGCUUCCAGCGAUUUUCGAAGCAGAAUAUAUGCUUAACAAAAGCAAAUCUAAAGUAUAUAAUUAUAUUUUUAACUAUCACGGAGCGAGAAAUUUGAUGAAAUUGAUCAGUGGUUUUUGGUAUGAAGAUGGUGCCACUCACGGAGACGACCUGUUUUAUUUAUUUGAUGGAGACUUAUACCCAAUAGUUCUUAGUGAGGCCGAUCGUAGAAUGGUUGACCAAAUGACGACACUGUGGACAAACUUUGCAAAAUAUGGAAACCCCACACCUGAUACGAGUGAUCUACCAUUUAAAUGGAAGCCAAGUAGUAUAGAUAAACUGCAAUUCUUAUAUAUAGACAGUGAAUCUAAAAUGGGACCGAUGCCUAGUCCGGAAGGUUACCAAUUAUGGAAAGAUAUCUACAGUAAAUAUCGAAAGACUGAUAAAACAUACGAGUAGUUUCUGAAAAAUUUUAAACACGUAAUAAAAAUUUAAAUAAAUAUUGUUUUUCAAAAAAAUAUAAUAAUUUAUAAG